AAAAAAAAAUCACCGUGUGGCUGAAAACUUCGGGAAAAAUGGAAAAAGUAACAGGCGUAAAGAGUUUAUCCGCUCCUCCGCACACCAGAUAAGGAGCUAACAGCGAUGGAUCUGCACCUUCUCUUCUCCCCGGAGGCUUUUUCAAACUGACAAUGGUGUCGAAGGAGGAAAAAACGCGGAUUUUCUCGCAUUUCCAUUGAAAGUAUAUUUACUUCAUGGAGAAAGGAGCAAGUCGGGAGUCAUGAGCACAGGUGUGAAGAAGCCUCCAUUAGCUCCCAAACCUAAACUCCCUGUUACCACCAAACCCUCUCCCCCGCCCAUCGCCCCCAAACCCGGUCUCCUCUCCCAGUCUUCGGUCAUCUCCCAACCUUCCCCUGCUACUCUCAAGAGGACAAAACCGGCUGUUGCCCCCAAACCAUGCAUCCGCAGAUCCACAGCCUCGUCUCCGCCGCCCGUUUCACCCCCGCCACCCAAACCCACUGAACCCCUCAUCCUCUCUCAGGAACAGGAGGAGGCUUUAGGUGACAGCCUCUCACUUCUCAACUCCAAAAAUGGGAUUUUAUCAGAGACUAACAAGCGUGAAUCGGACUACAUCAUUCCCACCUGCUCCUGUGGGCUCGAGGACUGUUCCCAGUGCCAUCAUCUGGAAAAUGGAAAUACGACCGAGAUUGGGAGCGAUUUCCACGCAGAGCUGUUGCAGAAUGGGAUUUCUACCGGAGGAUUCGCAGGGACGAGGCCACAGGAGAAAGCAGAACACCGGGAGGAGGGAGUAGUUGUACAGAAGAAUGAAGGUGGAGGGAUGAGUAGAAAGCCCAGGGAUAAACCUCAAAGACAGAGACACCUGGAUAGGGUAUCGGUUAACAAAGAGGCACAGAGGACUGAGGAGCAGAAGGGGAAAGCUUCAGAGACUGUAAAACAUCAGGAAAGUGCUGUUGUUGAGCCCGACGUUUCAAAAGCGGAUGUACAGACUGAGGCCCGAAACAAAGAUUUAACAGACUCAGCCUGUGAUGUUGCAGGCAGCAUCAUUUUCUCCACAAGCACCGCUCCUUAUGAGUCUUCUGCUGAAUCCUUUCAGGUAGAGCGCAGUGAGCCCGUCAGCAAAGCAUCUCCUACCAGGUUACACCCUGACCUGCAGGUCCCUGCUGCCCCCAGCAAGCCUCUCCCGGUCCCUCACCCACGGAAACUUAAAAAGCCAGCCCUGGUGAGGCAGGAUGGCGUGGAGGGCAGUGCCCAGGAUCAGCUGACGGAGGAACAAAAACGGGGGCUUGAGAUGCGAGAGGCUGAAGGGAAACUGAGUGUAGCUCUCAGUUCAGAGGGCGAGGAGCUCAAACAGGACACGUGUGACGACCCUUUACCCCAAAAAGACUCAGGUUUGGAAGACGAUGAGACCGACGCACCCGUCCCGCCUCCUCGACAGACCUCCCUCUCUCCUCGACUUCACAGAACAGAGUACAUGCCCCCUUCUCUAAACAAGCACACCUCCCACUCCUUAGUCCUGCUCUCACAACCUGAAUCAAUGAGCCACAAAAACGAGGGCGAGGAUCACCGGAUGGAGGAGGAUGAAGAGGACGGGUACGGCGACUUUGAGCGCUACCCGAUCACUCACAGCCUCCCAAAGCAGAUCAAACUGGGCUGUCACCCUCCUCUGGCCAACGCGAGGAAGGCCUUUUCGGCCGAGGAUCAGCGGUCACCGAGGGCGCCGCCCAGAAAACCUCAGAGACACAGCUUGCCAGCACCCCCUCCACCUUCCAUCUGCCCUCCUGCACCUCCACAUGCCAACACCCCCAUGAGGGAGCUGCCUGCGCCUCCUCAGGAGAAAACAGCCUGGCGCUUCACCCGACCCUGCGUGACCUUCUUCAGCCGACAGAUGCCCACCAGGAGCAGCGUGCCGCCAAAGAGCAGAGCGCCAGCUUUGGGGGGCAAGCAGAGGGCGCAGUCCUUCUCUGCAGCUGACCUGGCAACCCGGGCCGACUCUCAAAAGAGGAGCCUCUCUUUCCGGAAGCUGCUGGAGCUCAGGCUGUCUGUCAAGAUGCUACCAAAGCUGUUGGUUAAAGGAAGCCAGUCUCUGGAUUGUACCAGCGUGGAGUCGAACCGGGGGGAGAAAAGCCUGGAGCGACCAAAGAGCUGCAUAGGGGAGGUAGAUUUUUGUGGAGAAGGUGGAGAGGAAUCAGUGGAAUAUGAGAACGUUCCUCUGUAUGAGGAAAUCCCCGAGUACAUGAACCUACCGUUUCACAGUGCGAGGCUGGGCUGGCCACAUGACCCCGAUGCGGCCGAUUCAGACAUCUAUGAAGUGCAGGAUCCCUAUCACAGAUACCCUGACCAUGAGUAUGAGAGUGGCUGGCUGAGGCAGGACAUCCACUCUGAGGAAGAGGAGAUCCACAGUUCAGACGAAGAGGACAACAGCUCCACCUCCAGCAAGGAGAACCUGGACGAGGCAGACCGACAGCAAGAGGAUGAGAUGAAGAGGAAGAAGGUGGUGCACAUCGCCCAGGAGAUUAUGAGCUCAGAGAAAGUGUUUGUGGAUGUCCUGAAGCUUCUCCACAUAGACUUUCGGGAUGCUGUUGCCAAGGCAACUCGUCAGAACGGGAAGCCAGUGGUGGAUGAGCGGAUCCUCAGCCAGAUCCUGUAUUACCUGCCGCAGCUCUACCAACUCAACAGAGACCUGCUGAGAGAGCUGGAGGAGAGAGUGGCACACUGGAGCGAUCACCAGCGACUGUCGGACAUCUUCGUCCAGAAGGGUCCUUACCUGAAGAUGUACUCCACCUACAUCCGCCAGUUCGACAACAACGUGGCGCUGUUAGACGAACAGUGCAGGAAAAACACCGCGUUCGCCGCUGUUGUCAAGGAGUUUGAGAUGAGUCCAAGAUGUGCCAGUCUGGCUCUGAAACACUACCUUCUGAAACCAGUGCAGAGAAUCCCUCAGUACCAGCUGCUGCUCACAGAUUAUCUAAAGAACCUUCCAGAGGACUCUGAGGAUUACAAAGACACACAAGCUGCCCUCAGCAUAGUGAAAGAAGUGGCCAACCAUGCUAAUGACAUUAUGAAACAAGGGGAUAACUUUCAGAAGCUAAUGCAGAUUCAGUACAGCCUCAAUGGUCACCAUGAGAUCGUUCAGCCGGGCAGGGUGUUUCUGAAGGAGGGCACUCUAAUGAAGCUGUCCAGGAAAGUCAUGCAGCCACGGAUGUUCUUUCUGUUCAAUGAUGCACUCAUGUACACCACUCCAGUCCAGUCUGCCCAGUAUAAACUCAACAGUGUCCUCUCUCUGGCUGGGAUGAAGGUGAGUAAACCCAGCCAGGAGGCCUAUCAGAACGAGCUGAACAUUGAAAGCGUUGAACGCUCUUUCAUCCUGUCUGCCAGCUCGGCUACAGAGAGAGACGAGUGGCUGGAGGCCAUCGCCAAGGCCAUAGACGACUACACAAAGAAGAAAAUAACCUUCAUAUCAAGUCGAAGUCAGGAGGAGGCGGAGUGCGUUGUUGACAGCGGGGCCCCGUUGGGUUCAAAAGCUCCCAUCUGGAUCCCAGACCUGAGGGCCACCAUGUGCAUGAUCUGUACCUGCGAGUUCACCCUCACCUGGAGGAGGCAUCACUGCCGCGCCUGUGGAAAGGUCGUGUGUCAGGCAUGCUCGGCCAAUAAGUACUACCUGGAGUACUUGAAGAACCAACCAGCACGUGUGUGUGAUCACUGCUUUGCCAAGCUGCAGGAGAAUAGUGACCGUUGUGCCUCAACGUCAGUUUCUCCAAUCAAAUCUGGAGCUUUCCCCUUCACGAGAAAACAGAAGAAAAUUCCUGCUGCACUAAAAGAGGUUUCCGCCAACACAGAGAAUUCCUCCAUGAGCGGCUACUUAAACAGGUCCAAAGGCAACAAGAAGCAGUGGAAGAGGCUGUGGUUUGUCAUUAAGAAUAAAGUCCUGUACACCUAUGCUGCCAGCGAGGAUGUUGCGGCGCUGGAGAGUCAACCGUUGCUCGGGUUUUUCUUGAGGGAGGAGAAGAACGGGCCGGCUCAGAAGCUGCAGUUCAAGCUGUAUCACAAAAAUACGCUGUUUUACAUCUUUAAAGCUGACGACAUCCCCACUGCACAGAGAUGGAUCGAAGCCUUCCAAGAGGCGAUGAUUCUCGAACAGUAAAUCGGAUUUACAGCAGUGAAGUCGUAUCACAGCCCCCGGAGCCAGUUGAUAGACAACUCACGACCCUUGAUUGAUCUCAGGUCAAGGGUCACCAGCUCAGGAAGGACUCCGGAUGGACUGUUUACUUUAAACAGAAACCCCACUGCAGAGCACCGCAUACUGUAUGUGUGAAACCAGACUGCUUUUUCCCCUCGAACUCGAACUGGAUUCUGAAAACAUUUUCUAUCAAUAACGGCUACUGAUGCUCAGCAGUGCUGGCUGAGGUCACAGUUAAUAGUUUGUCGCAGCUGUGGGUCACAGGUCAAGUCCAGAAGCAUGUGUGUGGAAGUGAGACGGAACAGUUGUCAGGAAUAUUUAAAGCCCUCGGAAAUCCCGGGAAGUCUGGGAAUUAUUUUUAAUUGUAAAAGUAUGAAGGAAUUACCUUUUUUGUGUGAAACUAAAUUUACAAAACUAUCCGCCUUCAUUCGACCACGUUGACCUUGGCUACACUUAGUAGUUUAAAACCGUGUUAUUUUGUUUGGGCAAAACCCAAAGAUAAAACUUUAAAAACACACACACACACAUCAUAAAAUAUUCAAAAUGGUAAGAAGUUUCUCCGAAUCGUGGAUGCAAAGUAUCGCAGAUGUCUGUUCAAGAGUUUAACGAUGUAACAAGGUGGGAUUUUACUGUGAAAAUCCAGCUUCUACAAAGAAACCGGAAGUUGAUGUUCUACUCUUUGGGUUGAUCUCUCUGGUUAAGAGAUUUUACUCCUGUAUUUUUAAAAUCUAACAUACAAAACAUUUAAGUCAUGGGUUUUAAAACAAAAAAAAAAAAAAAAAAAAACAGCAUCCUGGAGAGAACUGGAAAUGUCACGAAUAUUGUAGAUAUUUUUCAUACGAUUUUUAAAAUGUAUUUUUGCCUGUUUAACCACAUUAGAAAUGGUUAAUGGGUAAAACUGUGUAUAUGGACAUGAAAGAGCAACAUUGACCUUUUUUUUUAUAUAUCAAAGCCGAGAGCUAAUAUUUAUAAAAUAGGAAGAUUUAUUGUUUGAAAAGCACAGGCUGCCACUUAUUUUGGGAGUCAGGAUUUUCUAGGAAAUGUGUUUCCCAUCAAAACCGUUAUUCUUUUAAAUUUAAAAGAGAACUGCUUACAGAAAAGGGGCUUUUUUUUUUGUAUGAGCAAAUACUGUGGAAAGUAUGCACGAACUAUAUUUCUAAGGAAAUGCUCAAAAGGAAGAAAACAUUUUUGAAUUUUGAUGCUCGUUUUUUUUUUUUUUUUUUUUUGCCGACAUUGUGCCUUAUAUCUCCUGUUGCGAGAUAAAUUGCAAUAAUAUAGGUGCUCUGUUUGAAAUUCUUCACUAAAUAAGGAAACAUUUAAACAUGACUACUCACUUUCCAGCCAGGGUACUCUGGGUUUGUAGUUUUAAAAUCAGAUUUCAGGUCUGUUUCUUCUUAGUUAGGUUGCCAUAUGUUGCACUACCCCAUUAGGGUGAAUGAUUUCACAGUUGAAGAAACCCAAAUCCUGCUUCUCCUUAUUUUUUUAGUGAAGGAAUAAAGCGGUUAAUACUGUCAUUAUAUCCCUUUUUCGUGUAUGCCUCGUUCAGAUUUCGGCUUGUGAGGUAGAAAACCUGCAUCCGCCUGGUGUAUUUCUUCAUGAUUGUACAUUAACAGUGACCAUUUGUUAAAACAUCUACUCUAUCAGAGUUAGAGUCUCCUAUAAACAAUGAUUCUAAACUGUCAGGCAACAGUUUUUAAUAAAAAUAUAUAUAAAUAUGUA